AUGUGGAAGAAGUUACAAGACAAUCCUCCAUUUUACUUAAAAUUUUCGCAGUCUGAUGGUUAUGAAAUAUUAGUCACUGAUUAUAUUACGUUAUAUUUGGUUUACCUUUCGGAAAAUGAAUUUCUUUCUGUUUUAAAGAAAAGUAAUCCUGCGCUUGAAAUGGUUAACGAAGAGUUAAUUGAUAAAGGAACUAAUUUACUGUCAAACAUGGAAAAUCUAAAAAGUUUGAGUAUUUAUAAAGAAGACUCAAAUUUAAAUGUUUCAAUGAGCAAAUCCUAUGUCUAUCCAUUUAAGUUACUAAUCACGCUGAAGGAAGUAACUAAAGAAAUUUUUUUUCAGAAAGUUACUCAGCCACUACUAAAAACCAUAAAAGAACUUCAGAGUAUAGAAUUGGAACUACGGCAAGCAAUAAAGGAAAAAGAUGCUGAAAUAGAGAAAUAUAAAGAAGAAGGAAAUAAAAUAAGAAAACAUUGGAGAACAAUGCCUUUUAAUGAAGAGGAGCAUUUAAAAAAGCAUGAGGCUUACCAAAGUAAUUUUAUAUUACCUCAGGAUUUUCCUUCCAGUUUAUUGGAACAAAAGAAAGAAAUAACAAAUGGUUCCAUAGUGAAACAUGAGGAAAACGUUGAUCAUGACCAUAUCAAACACGAACCAAUGACGCCAUCAUUAGAAGAGCCUAACAUAUCACAUGUUUCACCAAAGAUAGAAAUCAAACAUGAAAUCAAAAGUGAGACUCAACUUAGUUCCGUAACCCAAACAAGAAAGCGAAAAAAGAAGCUAAAUUUAUAA